CCUUUGGAUCCACCGCCGCGCCGACAUGGGCCACCAGCAGCUCUACUGGUCUCACCCCCCAAAAUUCGGACAGGGCUCCCGCUCCUGCCGCGUGUGCGCGAACCGUCACGGAUUGAUCCGGAAGUGUGGUCUGAACAUGUGCCGGCAAUGCUUUCGACAGUACGCCAAGGACAUCGGCUUCGUCAGGUUGGACUUAAUUACGAAUGGAGCAAGACUGCAAUGAGGAAAAAGGACUCUGGUGUACUCAGCUGUGAUGAUCUGACAAGCAAACGUUCUGUAAUGCUCCAGUUUUGUA